AUGGCAUCCGAUGACGAUGGCAACGGUAAUCAACAGUUUCGAAUCCGUCUUAACCUGCGAGCCGGAUACACAUAUGUUUUAAUUGUGACAACAUUCCGUACAGCUGUUACAGGAACUUUCACAGUCAUAGCUACUGGUCCAACACGACUUAAUCUCGUUUCAAUUAGGCCAAUAACUAGCAGGCCAAUAACUACUGGAUUGCCAUCACCAUCACGUAAGUGA